AUGCAGUGCGUAAUCUACUUUCUCCGCAGCCUCCUUCCCGUGAAGGCGCUCGGCGGACGUCGCGCAACGCUUGUCUUGCCGCCUCAGGUCUGCGCGAAUGGCGCCCGCGCAGCUCGCGAAAAGAUCGAGCUUCUAGGCAAAGCGCAGCUCCCUGCGGCGAAGAAGUGUGCGGAAAACUUUGCGGAGUGUCUGAGAAAGAAAAAUGAGUUGUCGAAACGGGCGAAAACGCAGGGCAGGACCGCGUUUUCGCGUUGGACAGCAAGACGCGAAGUUCCACGCGAAACCGCGGCUUCUCCUGGGGAGGCAGGCCUGCACAGCCACAGUGAGAGUUUCAUGUCAGGAGCACAUUCUCUGCUGCGCGGGAGUCAGUUCAGAAGGAAUUUCGAAGGGAAGCACAGAAACAACGCGCGGGAGAUAUGCGACUCGGACUACGGGAGCAGCGACAGCACACAUGCGUGA